AUGUUUAGCGAACGUUCCAGGAAGUUGCUUACUCCAGCCAACAUUCUGCUAGUUAAUCUAGCUUUCAGUGAUCUAAUCAUCAUCUCCAUGAUACCAAUCUUCAUUUACAACAGCUUUCUUCAAGGUCCGGCAAUCGGAGGCUUUGGUUGUAAAGCUUAUGGCUUCCUAAGCGGUUUUUCCGGGACUUCGACCAUAUUGACGUUGGCUGCCGUAGCGGUCGAUCGCUAUCUUGUCAUCAGCCGACCAUUAGAGCUCGGCAAGAAACCAACUCGUUCGUGGUCGUACGUAACCAUCGGACUUAUAUGGUUUUAUUCGGCCACGUUCGCAUCGUUGCCGUUUUUGGGAGCCGGAAAGUACGUCCCGGAAGGCUACUUGACCAGCUGUAGCUUUGAUUAUCUGUCAGACGACACUGGAACCCGUGUUUUCAUCCUGAUUUUCUUUAUCGCCGCCUGGGUGUGUCCAUUGACGGCCAUCAUUUUCUGCUAUGCGGCAAUCAUCCGUGCCGUCUACCACGUCCGUCAAAAUGUUACACGCGGAGCGUCUGAUCUUGGCGUUGAAAAGCAGCGACAUCGGCAGUCACUUUCGCCCAUUACUAACUCCACCACCGCCAUAGUUCGCGAGAAAAAAAUCGCUAAUCAACUUGGAGGUACUCACAUGCCUUCUAGAAAAUUAUUUGAUAAAGUUUGGCGUAAAAUCUGCACGGUUGGUAUAUCCAUUUUAUGUUCCACACACCUGUUUUUUUUUCUAUCGAAUUUGUGGAAGUGCAUUCAGUUACCUUUUUUCUGUGUCAUUUAUGUAACAGGUAUCAACCAACCGAAUGUCGAAGUAGCAAUCGCCAAAAUUGUUGCCGGUUUGGUCAUCAGCUGGAUUAUAGCUUGGACUCCGUAUUCUCUCAUUGCUUUGUUAGGAAUCUCAGGUCAGAGUCACCUCUUGACUCCCUUCAGUUCAAUGUUGCCCGCCCUGUUUGCUAAGACGGCCGCCUGCGUUGAUCCGUUUAUUUAUUCGCUAAACCAUCCCAAAAUCCGCCAAGAAAUCAUUUACCGAAUCUACAACUGUUUCCUCCAAUCUGCUGGCCGACGAGGCGCCUCUUUCAAUUCAGAUAUCCCUGAGUGGAAGAUGAGCGGAUCGGCCAGAGCCACCAGGCAGCAAUUUUACCAUAGUAACUUGCAUCACGGCCGGAUUGCUGGUCCACUUUCUUCUUCUCGUCGAACAACAAGAGGCCUACAGGUCGGAUUGUCGAGCGACGCAGUUAGAGGGGACUAUAGCAUCAACGGAAAGGACAAUAAAAAUAACAUUACCAGUGAGUUAUCCAGCGAAGAAAACCGUUCUUCCAACAUUGAAGUGUUAGAAUCGGCAGAUAUUAUCACUGAUAUGAUCGAUUGCAAUCAAGAUUGGCAUUUUGGACGACUCCGCCGUCUUUUGUCAGGCACAGAUGAGACAAGUUGUACGUCUCAAAAUGGGGUUCCUACAAGUUUGGUUCACAUCCAUUCGACAACGAAUCACCAUCUCGUUUGUGCUACAUCAUCUUCAAUGUCCACACAGCUCUAACGCGUGCUACGGCAAAGAAAAGCGUAACGUGCAUGAGAAGGAAUUUAGAAAUUCAUUCUAUUGUACAUUUAC